AUGAAGCGCGUUUUGGUGCUGAACGCCGACUCUUUCGUGGGCAUCCAAGUCUGCCGCCGCUUCUUCGAGGCGAAGGAGUACCUCAUCGACGGCACGCUCUACCACCACCCGCAAUGGCAGCCGCACCAGAAGGCAGCCGCUGAUGAUGCCGCUCCCGCCGCUGGUGGCGUUGGUGGUGGUGGUGGUGGUGGUGGUGGUGAUGACUCUGAGGCAAACGGGGCGGCGGUGCCACCCACAAUGCAGCCGUUUCUCAACUCUGUCAUGCCGCGUCACGGCAUGAUCAGUGACGAGGUGUUCCGCGCCCGUGUGCUGUCCUACGACAUCAUCAUCGCCAUUCUUGAGGAGGAUGCGUUCGAGGCUGACUGCGCCAUCAAGGUUCUGCGUGGCACACACUACGAGGUGGAGAAGACCUUCGUGCUCGUGUCCAACGUGCUCACGUGGACGCAGACGGACAUCCACGAGCGGGAGUUGGAACGAGCGGCGCGACGCGCCGAGCGGGAAGCUGCGCGUGCCCACAGCGAGGACGAUGACGACGGUGACACGGAGGCAGCAGAAGAGGAGGAGGAGGAGGAGGAGGAGGAAGAGGAGCUGGAAAUAAAGGUGUGGACGGAGGAGGAGUACCACAAGCGCUACCCAGACCUGCGCUACCACGUGUGGCGGAAGCUCGAGCACGCGGUGAAGCACGCCAACUCGGAGACGCUGCACACGUACGUGCUGUGGGCCGGCCUGCCGUACGGCGGCGGUGAGGACCUGCUGGCCCCGUACUUCCACGCCGCCUGGCGCCACGAGACGCUGCUGCAGUACGGCAACGGGUCCAACUACGUCCCCACCAUACACGUCAAGGACCUCUCACGUAUCAUCUACCUCGUCGGCUCCUCAUACGACACACUGGAGGACCGCUACAUGUUCGCCGUCGACCACGGCAACAACACGCAGGCGGAGCUCCUGCAGGGCAUACAAGAUUUCAUUGGCGGUAAUCUGGAAAUCACGGACCCCGCAAUUGACCGCGAGCACCAGUCCUUCAUGGAGACGCAACGGCAGCAAGAAUUCUUGGAGCGGUCUAUGCGGGAAAAGAUGGUGGAGGACGCGAUUCGACGUGAGCGUCACGCCGUCGAGAGUAUCCGGAGGCGCGAGGAAGAAAUGGAGGACGAGGAGGACCGCGAGUAUCGUCUCAUGGCAAGUCUUCGGAUAAUAGAGAAUUCUAUGUCUCAGCUGGAGGCUGACAGGCAGGCGAUGGCUGCUGAGGGCGGGUCGCCAAACGCGGAGGAAGGACUUGUGGUGGAGCCGCCGCACGGGUUGGCAAAUUGGUUCAGUGCCGUGAAUAUGCGCUGCGAGCCCGGUGCCGUUCUCGCGCUGCUCGAGGAGGCGGAGUGGGUCUCCCUUGGCGGAUUCUUCGCGAAUGUCGACAAGGUGGUGCAGGAGUUCAAGGCGGAGCGGCUGCUGAAUCCGCUGCGCCUUGUUAUCUCCGGCCCGCCGUUCAGCGGGAGGAACGACGUUGCGUGCAGGCUGGCGGGUGUGUUCAACAUACCGCGACUGACGAUGGAGAGUAUCACGGCGGCGUACGAGGCGUACGUGGCGAGCGUGCGUGCGGAGCUGGUGGAGAUUCUGCUGCGACGGCGUGCGCGGCGGAAGGAGGCCCACGAGGAGCAGAUUCGCCGCGAGCUGGAGAGUGCAAAGCGUGCACGCGCCGAGGCCGAGGAAGGUGAGGAAGAAGAAGAGGAGGAUGAGGAGGGUGAUGGUGAAGAUGACGAUGCUGCUGCAUCUGCCGAGAGCGGUGAAGACGACGGCGACGAGGAGGAGGAGGAGGGCGAUGAAGAGGGACCGGGCGAGACGGAUAAUGCAGGCGAACAGGUGCCCGAGACGAUCACGGAAGCCCUGCUGCUGCAGCCACCCGAGGACGAGGAAGAAGAAGAGGAGGAGGAGGAGGAGUACGGCGAUGACGAGGAGGCCGACGCAAAGGCCGCAGCAGCAGCGCGGAAGUUGAAUGAGGAGGAGCGGCGCCGCAUCGCAACGCUGCGUGAGGAGUACCGCUUCGCCACGAAACUGCUGACGCUGCGCCUUGUGGACGGCGAGUUCCCGCCACGCCCAAAGAGUCCCGGCGACGAGGAAGAGGAGGAAGAAGACGAGGAAUAUGGUGGUGACGAUGACGAUGGCAUCAGCAGAAGGAGGAAGCGGCGAGAGAAAGAAAAGGCCGCUGCUGCUGCCGCUGCCGCUGCCGCUGCCGCUGCCGCAGCUGCACCGCCGCCAGUUAUUCGCUACCUCGACGAGGCGCUCGCUGUGAUGGUGCGCUGGCGGCUACGUCAGAAUGACUGCAGAAGCCAGGGCUACAUCCUCGACGGCUUCCCCGAGAGCGUGCGGCAGGCCCGCCUUAUAUUCCUAGCCGACACCGACGAACAGAAGGAGUUGCAGCGGCCCAAGUUGCGCCGAGAGCGCGAGGAAGAGGAAGAGGCGGGAGGAGCGCCGCAGGCACCAUGCGAUGCCACAUUCCCGUUGCCUGACCUUGCUGAGCUGGACGACGCGCAGCAGCAGGAGAUGCUCGAGGCCAUGACCGGCAGAUCGUUCCUGUCGGCUGAGGAGGCGCUCGCCCCAACACACGACGCCUUUUUCCCUGACUGCUUCAUCUCCUUGACCUGCAGCGAUGGCGUUCUGCGAGCGCAGAUGUCCGCAGCAGGGGCGGGCGUCGCCGCGAAGGACUUCUAUGAGCAGCUCACGUGCUACAAGACACACAACCGUCCUGCAGCACCACCAUGCGAGUCGCUGCUCUCCUGGUUCCAGACAGUGGCGGCAGAAAAGGUAGAGGACGACGCCGCCGCCGCCGAAAAGGUUGGUGACGACAGCGGUGAGAAGGCACCACGCAAGGCCUCCGUGCUGAUCGUGUCUGCCCUCCCUGCGGUGCCAGCAGCAGUCUGUCACAAGAAGGGUGCAUCCCACGACGCCACCUCUAAUUCCAACGUCACCGCGACAGCGGACCUCGGCACAUACUGCGAGACCCUCCGCUGGAGCAUCCUCAGCAACAUUGGCCGGGGAAGUUGCGGCAUGGUGAUCGGCGAGAUGCAAGAUGCGGAGGAGGCGCGCACGCGUCUGGUGCUGGAACUCAGACACGAGGAGAAGGAACUGGAUCGGCUCUGUGCUGUUGAGGAGGUGCUCGCUGACGUUGCCCACUCCAACGAGGUUGCCGCCGUUGAGGAGGAGCGGCGCAUACUUCGCUACUACGAGGCGAAGGAGACGCUGGUAACGGUGGCUGGCGUCGAUUCCAUUCCAGUGAACAUGUACUUAAUGCGCUACGUAAUGCCGAGCCUCACGCCACUCAUGGCGCAGGUCGUGCGGCAGCGCCCGGAAGACCCGGUGACGGCGCUGGCCGACGCACUCUUCUAUCACAAGCGGCAAACAAAGCUAUGA